UAUUUAUAUAGUGUUGUGGAUAAUUUGCUGCCAGCCGCAUUACCUUUUCUUCAAACUUUCUUCAAUAACAGCGGUAAUAAUGCUGAUCAAUUAUGGGAAUGGCUUGUAUCUAUGAGAAAAUAUGGCUUAGCAUUAGGCAGUCUAGCAUCAAUUUACAUUUCCAUAAUCUGUGGAAGAAAAUGGCCAAUAACAAUUGGUAUGAUAAUACAACUGAUCGGUGGUGUAAUGUGUUUAUUCAUCAAAUUAGGCUAUUGUGGAAUUGUAGCUGCAUUUAUCGGAAGAUUUCUUAAUGGUUUCGGAUCAGCUAUUUUACAGACAAUUGGCGUAUCAAUGAUGAGCGAAAUUCCGUCGGUGUAUUGCCGUGGUAGAGUGCUUGCUUCUAAUGUGCUUUGGGCAUGUGCUGGUGAAUUAUUUGGAUUUUUCAUCGGUACGGAUUAUGCACUUGGCACUGAACAAUUAUGGCCAAUUGCACUCUUUGCGCCAUUGGCACUUUUACCUUGUUGCGUGAUUAUAUUAUAUAUCUCGGCAGAAUCUCCUCGUUUUUUCAUCUUACGAGACAAAAUAAAGGAAGCAAAACAAUCUUUAAAAUUUUAUCAGGUGAAUUUGUUUAGAAUUUCGAUAAUUCCGCACAAAAAUCCGACAAAAUUAAUUCUUACAAGGUUUUCCAGUGGAACAUUUCUUAAACCCUUAUUAAUUGCGCUAUUUACGCAAUGCUUCGUUCACAUUGAUGAUUGGUUAUGGAUAACUUAUUCCACGCAAGCUUUUAUAAAUUUUGGAUACGAUGCAAGAACAUCUCAAAUAACUACACUUUUAAUGGCAAUACCUGCCGUUUUUAUCAGUAUCAGUUUAGUAUUUUAUUUCGAAUCUUUUACACGGCGUUCUUUACUAAUUGCACCAACAAUAGGAAGCAUUUUAUGCUCAUUGCUGCAGAAAAUAAAGAAAAUUGCUAUACCAAUACUAGCAUCUAUUGACUUAUGUAUGGCAGCUCUUGCUUCUGAAAGUGCUUAUACUGUCGUUCCAGAAUUAUUUCGGCUUUCCGAUCGAACAUUUGGAAUUUCCUUAGUUAUUUUUCUACAGAAUGUGUACGGUGGCUUACUUACAACAGUGAUUUUAUCGAUUAUGAAUAGUAAUGGACUGGAGUAUAUUUUAAUUCCAUUAAUCGUAAAUAAUUAUUGUUAUAUAUUAGGAAUUUACUUCUUUCUUCCGGAGACUUCAGGCAAAACAUUUAAGGUACGUUAA